AUGGCAGAGGUUGAAGAGAAACCCUCAAAUAGCGAACAAAAGGAACCUAGUUCAAAUAAUUUAUUAUAUAGUAAAACCACGUUGUUUGUUCGCAGGAUACCAUAUGAUGCCACAAAUAGUGAAUUCGAAACCUUUUUUUCUGAAAUAGGACCACUUCGAUCUUGUUUUCUUGUAAAAGAUAAAGAACCCAAUGUUCCUUUAGCAGACAAUUCGAUUAAUCAUGAUGAUUCGAUCGUUUCUCCUAUUAACGAUAAUAAAGAGAUGGUUCCUACACAAGAAAUACAAAAGAAUGACAAAAAUAAGGGUUUUGGUUUUGUCCAAUUUGUCUUGACUCAAGAUGCUGAAAAGGCUUUAAAAGAGUUAAAGAAAGUGAAAUUUAGAGGGAAAAGUACCUUGAAAAUGGAAUAUGCUAUUAAAAAACAUGAAAAGCUUCCUGAGCAUAAUCAAAAAGUCAUAAAAAGAAAAUUCUCGUUGGAUGAAAAUAUUAGCAAACAAAAAUUAGUAAAAAAAGAAUCAAAAGGAUUCAUUGAAAAAGUUGACAGUAAUAAUGUUAGAACCAUUGUACUAAAAGGGUUAGCUAAAGAUUUAACUAGGAAAAAAAUUUAUAAAAAAGUUAGAAAAUUUGGCGAUAUUCAAGAUAUGAAAUUUCCUAAUGGUGAAGGUUCUACUGAUAUCGUACACGUCAUUUUUAAAACAACAAAGGAUGCUAAUGAUGCAUUAUCACACUUGGAUGGUCAUGUCUUUCAUGGAUCAAUGAUGAACGCGAAAUUAUGGAAUGCAUCUUCGAAUGAUAAAAAAGGUCGUUUAAUAGUUCGUAACAUCCCAUGGCAAUAUCGUGAACAAGAACUUUUAAAAAUUUUCUCCAAAUAUGGAGAAAUAAUAGAAGUAAAUUUGCCGCGUAAAUUCACAGGAGGUCCGUUACGGGGAUUUGCGUAUAUACAAUAUAAAAAUUAUGAAGAUGCGGAAAAGGCGAUUAACGGUUUGAAUGAAACGAAACAUCAAGGACGUACUAUAGCUGUGGAUUGGGCUUUACCAAAGGACAAAUACUUGGAGGCCAUUGGAUCACAGCAAAGUGAGAAUUAUAAUGAAGAGACUAUACAGCAAGAUUUAGAGCAAGGUUCUGAAAAAGAGGUUGAUGGUCAGGAAGAUAAAGAUAAUGGUGAUAGUGAAAGUGAUGAUGAAAUGAAACGAGAUGAAGAUGAUAUUAUAAAUGAAAGUGGUGAUGAGGAAGCACAAGAUAAUAGUGACGAUUCGGAAAUUGAGGACGAUGAUGGCAUUCAGGACAAGACACCAAAGAGCUUGUAUCCUCCUUCGGAGGGAAAUGUAUUAUUUAUUCGAAAUCUUUCUUUUGAUGCCACAGAAGAAGAGCUUUCCGAGAUAUUUAAACCAUUUGGACCUUUGCGUUAUUGUGUCAUAACGAUGGAUCAUCAGACAGGACAUUCAUUAGCUAGUAAAUUUACAUUACGUGGAAGAGUACUAUCAAUCGUAAAAGCAGUUGAUCGAAACGAAGCACAUAAUAUAAUGGAAAUGAAUCAACAAAAAAGACGUAAAGAGGAUAGAAGGAAUAUUUAUUUGCUACAGGAAGGAGUAAUAUUUCCGGAUUCAUUAUCCGCUAAAUUAUUAACACCUUCGGAAGUUAAUAAACGUGUCACAUCAUAUUCUUUUAGAAAGAAUUUGUUGGCAAAAAACCCAAACCUUUAUAUUUCAAAAACCAGAUUGUCAGUAAGGAAUCUACCAUUAACAGUAGAUGAAAGUACCUUAAAAAAAUUAGGAAAAGAAAGUGUUAAAAAGUUUAAAGAAGAGGUUGAGAAUGAAGAGAGAAAAGAUUUAACAAAAAGCGAGAAAAUGGAAGGGUGGAAUAGAAAGGUAGAUGUUAAGCAGGCUAAAGUAAUUCGAGCCAAAGAUAGAAUCGAUAAAACCACACAAAAACCACGUAGCAAAGGAUAUGGAUUUUUGGAAUUCACACAGCACGCACAUGCAUUGGCAGCAUUAAGACAUCUUAAUAAUAAUCCGGAAUUAUUCGGAGAACGGAAAAGAUUAAUCGUAGAAUUUGCGGUAGAGAAUUCUAUCAUUGUUAAAAAGAGAUCAGGAAGAUUAAACAAUAAAAAUGAUAAGAAUAAAGUCGUUGAAGACAAUGUUAAUGUAGAUAAGAGGAAAAAGUCAAGGUAA